UACAGAUUCAAGUUCAAACUACAAAAACGCGGCAGAAAAAGUUCAAAGCUCCGAAAAGAUACAAAAAAAUUGAUACAGUUUUUAGCAAAACCCAAGAGUUGGCAGCAAUGAAAAGAAUUGUGGUUGUGGUCCAUUGGCUUGGUCUGUUGUUGGCAUUCGAUCUUGUGAAAUCUAAUCACAGCACACAAAUUCAGCCAGACACAAGUCAGGUACAGAAUAAUGCAACACGGCAAGAAAAAUCAUUAAAAGAUGCUUCCUUCCUUGAAACAAUUACAAAUAUUACACAAAUAAGCGAAAAACAAUUGAGCGCUUCUGAACGUAAUAGACGUUUGAUACCUUAUAUGGCAUUCUAUUUACCACCCUCAGACAUACCAAUAAAUCAAGCCUAUGCUAUACAAAGGCCUAAACAGCAUACUUCAAAUUAUCAACUGCCACCAACAGCAGCAGAUAGCGCUGGACCAUUACCGCCACCAGCGAAUAUACCAAUACCAACGGCCUAUAUGCACAUGAAGUUACCAACAGUAGCUACAGCACAACAAACCGACAUUUCACAGGAUUAUCCCAACGCCGGCGAUGUAUAUCAUAAAAUAGCAUAUGGUUCUGCUCACUAUCCUUUGCCAGCUUCUUUAAAGAACACUGGAAAGAAAAUACCAAUUUUACAUUUGUUACCGCCAGGGCAUUCUGCACCAGCAGCGCCAACACUCAUUACAUAUAAGCACAACAGCGGUCCACAAAGACAAAAGACAGUACAGUAUUUUCCACCAUUAAACACACAAACCAAAACGCAGCCAAUACAACAAGAACAUCAGCAACUACAAUUGCAACAACAACAACAGCAGCAACAAGACCAUCAAGAGCAACAAAUUUUAUAUCAACCUCCAGUGAAGCAAUCAAAAAUCAAUUUAACACCAUUCACAUCAUCAAAUACAUUGCCAGGACAUUUCAUACCAAUUAUUUAUACGCCAAUGAACAAUGCCAAUAAUAACAACGACAACAACAAAAACCAGCAACAUAAUGGCAACAUAAUCAAUUACAACUACGCUGACAACAAACCAACAAUUGAGGAGUCACCACAAAUUCAACAGGUUGAAAAACAGCCACACUUAGACACGCAUAACCAAGUUGAGCAGCACCAACAACAGCAGCAACAUCUACAAAAUGUAGCUGAACUGGAAUUAUUACAAUCAGCACCAAAACAUUCACCAAAAGCAUCUCAUUCACACUCGCCACCACAGCAGCAACACCAGCAACUUCAGUUUAUCACCGAUACAGGUCUACCAGCACUGACGUCACCUCAACUUCCACAAAGUGGUGUGCAUCAACCAGUUGCAGUAGUUCACCCAACAGCAAAUCCUUCUCAAUCACCGUACAUAGACUACAUUAUUGAAGAGCCUAAGCAGUCUUUGGAUGAAGAACAGCACGGCAGCAUACCAACUCAACAACUAAAAAUAACUGCUAAACCUACAUCAGCGCCACCACAAGCAGCGUAUAUAGUCAUCACAACCGCUCUACCACCAGCAACCCCAACAUCUGCAGAAUACUAUGGUUCCACUGUACGCCCAGCUUACAAAAAACAACCUACAAUACGUUUACAAGCAGUCGCACAAGAAGAGCAACAGAAAAAUUAUCCAACAAGGCGUCCAACAAUAAUAGCACCACAACUUUCCAAUACAGCAUAUUCCAAUAAACCGAAUUACAAGCAAGUAGCCAUUAAACUGCAAUCGUCUAAUGACUAUGAAGAAGGUAUUGAAUCAACACCAACACCCCAGCAAUUAGAAACAGAGCACGUCACUCCAACUCCAACAUCGGCGAAGUUACCUGCAUACUAUGCUGGCGACAGUAACAAAAAUCAGCAGCAUGCACCACAAAGCAUACCUGAUCCCAAUCAAUUGCCUGAUAUACGCUCUUCAUCUCUGGCUGAAAUUUUACACAAGUUGCAAGCUAGCAAUCACUUACCACAAACGUUGACAGCCGACAACAUAGACAAUUCAAUAAAAACACUCAUUACAAUACUGAACAACUUAAAGCAAACUCAAACAAUUGUUGCUAAUCCACCACAACAUCACGAAACGCCAACAAAUGCAGCUGACUAUGAUUACAAUGCCGGUGGCAGUCAGGAAGAGCAUGGCACACCGCCAACGAUAAAUGUAUUAACGCCCAUCAAACCAAAUAAGCAUCCCGGACCCAGCACAGGCCGCCCAGGUAUAGAUUAUCCAAAUUAUGCUGAAAUACCGCAAACAUCCUUCGAUUGCACUCAACAACGGUACAAGGGUUUCUUUGGAGAUCCUGAGACGAACUGUCAAGUAUGGCAUUAUUGUGAUUUAAAUGGUGGCAAGGCCUCAUUUUUAUGCCCCAACGGCACAAUAUUCAGUCAAAUAGCAUUAACAUGUGAUUGGUGGUUUAAUGUAAAGUGCUCCACAACAGCACAACUUUAUGUACUGAAUGAAAGGCUUUAUAAAUAUAUAUUACCAUUUACACCCAAAUUUCCAGAAGAUUAUAGUGGACCGCUUGUAGAUAAAUAUCUUGCAAUGAAAUUUCAAGAGAUGGAAGAAAAAACGCAUGUACAUAAAGAUCAGAAAGAAGUAGAAAAAAUAGAAGAACCUCCAAGUACUGACAAUAACAUCGAAGAAACUACAUUAAAUGUGGAACCGAUUAAUCCACACAAACAUGAAGCAAAGAAUUCCUAUGUAAGUGAACAGAGUUCCGAACGAAAUUUACUAAUAGAUGAUGAAGGUAUUGAUGAUGAUGAUGAUAAUAAUACUAAAUCAGCUAAACCAGCUACUCAAGAAAUCACAACACCAGCAACAAGUACGAACUCAACAGAUUUGGAGUUAUCACUCAGUCUUAAACCUAUAGUAGUAUCCUCAACAGAAGGACCAGAUUAUGCGCAAAACAGUUCCGAAGAACAAGAAACAAAGGAAAGUAAUGAGGAGCAACAUAAACGUGCGGAUAUGAAGAAAAAUAAUAAAUCGGAAAAUUCUCGUGAACCAACAAAAUUUAAAGUAAGCGUUGAAAAAGUUGAAGUCAUAGAAAUAAAAUCUGACGGCACAUCUGGACACAUAACACCAGCUGAAUUAUAUGAGACCAGAUAGACUAUAUAAUUGAUUAUAUAAAGCCUAUAUGUUAUUAUAUUUUUAUAAGAAUGUUAUUAUUUAUACACGUAUUUGUAUCCUAGAGUGGAAAGCCAUUUCGCAGUUUAAAAGGCGUAUUGCAAAUAUUGUAUACAUAUUAGGGGAGGGAGGGGGCGACAGACGCACGCAGUUUGUAUAUUUUUUUUUUUAUAAUUUAU